AUGUCCCCUCAGCUCCCAGAAGGAUGCCAUACCGUGGUUUACUCCACGGUCAAUUACCAUGAAGUCAAGCUGGACUAUUACCUUCCCCCUACCACGGGCAACCUACCCGCCAUGAUCUACUAUCACGGCGGCGGAAUGUCCGCCGGUUCAAGACGGGGCCGUGGUCUUCCACAAUGGAUGUACGACCACUGUCAAGAAAAGGGCUACAUUUUCAUCUCCGCAGACUAUCGUCUCUGUCAUCCAACCAAUGCAAUCGACCAGAUCGAUGACGCAAAAGCUCUGUUCAGCUAUAUCGCAGGACCAAAGUUCGCUAGCGAGCUCGCAGAGUCCAUAUCGCUUGACACAACCCGCAUCGCUGUGACGGGUUUCUCGGCAGGUGCCUAUUCUGCCCGCGCGGCUUGUCUUUACGCAACCCCCAAGCCCGCAGCCCUUCUUUCAGUCUACGGACUAGGUGGAAAUAUGCUGCUGGAUCACUGGACGCGCGCACGGCCACCGACUUCACUUGCAAAAAUGUUCGAUCUGAGCACCAUUCCCGCGUUGUUGGCAGAUAAAACCGUCGUCAGUGACGAUUUCGUUGAGGGGGGCAUGUCGAAGCGGUUUGCGCUUACAAUCGACUGGGAGAUAAAGGGAACAUUCCUGGAUGGUGUUUUCCAGAGGCCUGGCUUGUGUAAGUUGCUAGAUGCCGUGGAGUAUGAGAAGCGGUUCGAGGCUGUUCCCGAGGACUUGAAGCCUGGUAUGCUGGAGGAAUUCGUUACGGGGGAUUACCCGCCGUCGGUGUUUGUGCACGGGAAAUCUGAUGAGGUUGUUUCUCCUGAUGAGAGUAUUUAUCACCAUGAUCAACUUACGAAGUUGGGAGUUCCAUCGGAGCUGCAUCUUGUGGAAAAUGGGCCGCAUGGGUUGGAAGGGAUUGUUUUUAUGAGGAAAAUGGCUGGUGCGGAGAUUCCUGGUGGAGACAAGGUGAUUGCGGAUUCGAUGGAGGCUUAUGAGAAAGCCUUGAUCUUUAUCGAUGGGGUCUUCGCAAAACUCUAG